UACUUCAGCCUGCUGACCCGCGCGCGCAGAGACGCGGGCCCACCGCCCGGGGGCGCUCCCCGCCCCGCCGACGGCCACCCGCGACCCCCAGCCGAGCCGCUGGCACCCCACGAUGUCUUCAUCGCGGUCAAAACCACCAAAAAGUUUCACCGCGCGCGCCUCGACCUGCUGCUGGAGACCUGGAUCUCGCGCCACAAGGAGAUGACAUUCAUUUUCACCGAUGGGGAAGAUGAGGUCCUGGCCAGGCGCACGGGCAACGUGGUCAAUACUAACUGCUCGGCUGCCCACAGCCGCCAGGCCCUGUCCUGCAAGAUGGCCGUGGAGUACGACCGUUUCAUCGACUCGGGGAGGAAGUGGUUCUGCCACGUGGAUGACGACAACUAUGUCAACGUGCGGGCCUUGCUGCGGCUGCUGGCCAGCUACCCACACACGCAGGACGUCUACAUCGGCAAGCCCAGCCUGGACAGGCCCAUCCAGGCCACGGAGAGGGUCAGCGAGAACAAGAUGCGUCCUGUCCACUUCUGGUUUGCCACCGGUGGGGCUGGCUUCUGCAUCAGCCGCGGGCUGGCCCUGAAGAUGAGCCCGUGGGCCAGCGGGGGCCACUUCAUGAACACGGCCGAGCGGAUCCGGCUGCCGGACGACUGCACCAUCGGCUACAUCGUGGAGGCCUUGCUGGGUGUGCCCCUCAUCCGCAGCGGGCUCUUCCACUCCCACCUGGAGAACCUGCAGCAGGUGCCUGCCUCGGAGCUCCACGAGCAGGUGACCCUGAGCUACGGCACGUUUGAAAACAGGCGGAAUGCCGUCCACGUGAAGGGGCCCUUCUCGGUGGAGGCUGACCCAUCCAGGUUCCGCUCCGUCCACUGCCACUUGUACCCGGACACACCCUGGUGUCCCCGCACCGCCAUCUUCUAGCAGCCACGGCUGAGACCCCGUCCCUGGGCGCCCCUGGUAUCCAAAGGGCCCGGGGACCCCUGUGGUGCCGCCCUGGCCUUGGCAUUCAAGGCUCCCCCAGGGCUGUACCUGCGUGUGCGCGUGUACUGUGUGCCCGACCAUGUAGCAGGCUGCUGGGCAGCUCUGCUCUGCCCUGCCCAGGAGUGCCCCUCGUCUGCCUUUCCGGAGCCCGUGCCCCGGCAGAAUCUGUGUGUCAGAGGUUGCUCUGAGGGCAGUGUAAUUAUUGCUACUCUUUGCGGGUCUUGGGGCAGCGUGAGAUCAGGGGCUGCUCUGCUGAGCGCAGGCCCCAUGCUGGGGGCGCCUGCACCCUGGGAUCCCGGCCCCAGCCUCAGAGCCCCCAGGACCACUGCGCCAUGCCCCUCCUACUGAGCUCGGCGCGGGCACUGUGGCUCAGAGUGACAGCCACCCCAAGAAGCCCCCGUGGCCGUAUGGCUCCCCUCCCCGCCCUGCUGGGGGGCUUUUCAGGUGGGGGGACCUCUCCGCCAUCUUCCCUUUGUCUCCCUCCGUGAGGGGGAGUCAGAGCUAAGCCUUAUCUCCUCUCCCCAGUGGAGAGAAAGUCGCCCAUAGUGGGCGUGUCUGUACAUAUCGUGACAGUAUUUUUUUACUGUGCCUGUUUUUCGAGAGGGGGUGGGUAAAAAGUAGGAUGUUUUUGUCUUUGUUCUCGGGGGUGGGGGGGGGGCGGGGGAGGGUGUUACUUUAUCUUUUCUGUGGAUCAGAAAAAGCAGAAGCCCAGCUUGGGAUGAUCUUCGUUGCUAAAGCUGGUGGGAAGGUCUUGCUCUGUGUAUUUAAAUGUGGCAGCACCCGGCAGCAGGCCCCUUGCCGCCCUCCUGCCUCGUACCUGUCUCCUGCAUGCCUGGCCCCGGGGCUGUGUUUUGUCUUCUGUUUUUCUUUCUGCAAAGACAUAGCUAGGAAAGCGAACCAUAAGGGAAAAGUUCUCAGGGAAUUGAAGCGUGGUUGCUAUGGACUCCUUUGCUGUGAAUAAAGGUGGUCUUUGGGGCAA